AUGUUCUACAUCAUCGGCCUUGGUCUCUCUGACGAAAAAGACAUAACACUACGUGGUCUCGAGGCAAUCAAAUCCUCAACACGCGUCUAUCUCGAAGCCUACACGUCCAUCCUCAUGAUCAAUCAACGCAGGCUGGAAGAUUUUUACCAAAAACAACUCAUACUCGCCGAUCGCGACAUGGUCGAGACGCAGAGUGAUGAGAUAUUAAAAGACGCGGAUAAGGAGGACGUGUCGCUUCUAGUCGUUGGGGAUCCUUUUGGGGCAACGACGCACACGGACAUCAUCCUUCGCGCUAGAGCACUCAACAUCCCCACCCGCGUAGUGCACAACGCGUCCAUAAUGAACGCCGUCGGCGCGUGCGGGCUCCAAUUAUACAACUUUGGACAAACCGUAUCGUUGGUGUUUUUCACAGAUACAUGGAAGCCCGACAGUUUUUACGAUCGGAUUAAGGAGAACGUUAAAUUGGGCAUGCAUACGCUCGUGUUGCUGGAUAUCAAAGUCAAGGAACAGAGCGAAGAAAAUCUAGCUAGGGGCCGUAAAAUAUACGAACCACCGCGUUACAUGUCAAUCCACACAGCCGUCUCCCAGCUCCUCGAAACAGAAGCAUCUCGAAACGAAGGUAUCCUCUCAUCAACAGACACCCUCGCUAUCGCGCUGUCUCGCGUAGGCGGCGGCUCCGAAAACGAACGCAUCGUCGCUGGAACUCUCCAAGAACUCCGGGAUCACCCCUCAGCCGCGUUCGGGGAACCCCUGCACAGUCUUGUGAUUGUAGGAAAGAGGCUGCACCAUCUAGAAGUGGACUAUGCGGAGACAUACGCCAUCAAAAGGGAUAGCUGGCGAGAUGUCGCUAGUCGGGUUUACGGCUGUGCGCUGGAUUGA